CACAGCAGUCAGUGGGCCCAUCUCUCACUUGCGCUCGCGACGUGUCUUCACUUGAAACCUUGGCGUGUAGUGUCAUUGCUCACUGCUGUGUCGAAGUAUCAAGUCAAGCCCAGCCCUUAAAUCUACGACAAGACAUUUGAAUCGAGUCCUCCGCAGCUAAAUAGCUGUGCUUCAGCAGUAGUAGAGCGGGGUGCCACCUCUUCAAGGACUGCUGCUGCGAUGACGAUGCGAGCACCACCUUGCUCGCCAGCCCUGCUACGAUUUGUCGCAUUGGUCCUGGCAACGCUCACAGUUAUCCCCAGCAGUCUUGCCUUCGUUGCAACGUCCUCCGGGAGGCUGAGCUUUAAAACGCAACCGCGAUGCGGCGGCAGCAGCGUCAUGUUUUCGAGAGCGAGGCGACCAUCUAGCAAUGCCAACCGCCGACCGGUGGGUGGUAGUAGCGUUGGCGGGAGCGUGAGGGGAGGGACAACCGCGACCAGGUUGAUAAUGGGGGCUGGCAAUAUAUCGGAGGACGCUGACGGAGAAGAGUCCUCAGACUACUCGGCAUGGCCAGCGAUCAACCGCAAGGCGAUCGGGGCGUUGGCCAGCGUCGGGGCCCUCGAGUCGGCGUACCUCACGUACCAGAAGAUCCACCCGGCAGGGCUCGACCUCCUGUGCGGGGCCAGCGGAGGCUGCCUCGAUGUCCUCAACGGACCGUACUCGAACGUGUUGGGCGUCCCGUUAUCAGCAUUCGGCACGCUGGGGUACCUGGCGGCGGCAGGGUUGGCCGUCGUUCCGCUGUUUGCCAAGGAAGAGUCCGCUUCAGUCGACAAGACCACGCGCUCGUUGUUGCUGGUUGUAACCACUGCCAUGGGCGUGUUCUCGCUGUACCUUUUGAGCUUACUCAAGUUCAAGAUCGGCUACCCAUGCCCCUGGUGUCUCACGUCGGCUGGGCUAUCGCUCUCGAUGUGCAUCGUGGCGUGGACGAAAAGGGCCGUACCGGAGAAGACCAAGGCAGCGGUCGUGGGGGCCUGCACGACGCUCAUCACCGCCUUCGCGUGCUUGGCUGUCUUCGUGGUCACCGAGACUGCUCUCGACAUCCGACAGGCGGAGGCAUCCCCCGGCGAGCUUGUCGGGGUCCAGCUCGUGGCACCGCCGUUGAUCGACACGGAGUCAUCGCCUCAGGCGCUUCGGAUUGGGAAGAAGCUUAAGUCCCUGGACGCUAAGAUGUACGGGGCGUACUGGUGCACCCAUUGCUUUAACCAAAAGGAGAUGCUGGGCAAGGAGGCCAUGUCGAAGGUCAAGUACAUCGAGUGUUCCAACCGUGGGGUGGACAACCAGGUUGACAUGUGCAAGGCCGCUGACAUCCCGGGUUUCCCUACGUGGGACAUUGACGGGAAGCUGUACCCGGGCGAGCAGACCUUGGAAGAGCUAGAGGAGAUCGUAGGUCUCGCGCCCUAUAAAGGAUGAAGAUGUUGCCGCUUCCCAUGACAUGUAACAGGGGUUCGAAUCCCGGCGUUAGCGAGCUUGUCUUGCAAAGUGAGUUCUUCCGUUCCUGGCCUAGUGGAUAGCGCUCGAUUGUGUGUACAGAGGGAAGAGAGUGCUGAACUCUUCUCGCCAUAAAAAAUCGAAGGCAACGUACCGCAGGAGGGGAGGGUAGAGAGGGGCCCUUCUGUGUGACCACGGGUUGGAGUAAACGGCACGAGUGGUGUGAGCGCUGAUUUGAAGUGAACACAAAAAAUAACAAAUAACGUCUCUUACGAGUUAGUCUAUGGUGCAGGCAGCCAUCACUCUCAGGUGGGGGUUGAUUCCUAGGCGGCGGAACUAACGUCGUAGUGUGGUCGAAUAAAACGUGGUAUGGAAAUCGCAUAGAGUAUCAGGCUGGCUUGGCUUCAACCGCGUGGAAUACUGACUUCUUCGUGCGUGAUCGGUGUGAAGAACAUGCCAGCCUUGACCUCUGACUUUUCAGCACCCAUGCGUUUUCCUGACGCUGUGAUUUUAUGUUGUGUCUGGUACGUUGAGUUUCGGCGAUAAUGCCCCGUUUUGUCUAGGCACAGACUACCCCUUAGUGUACGCAAAGAAGUAUCUUUACCACGGAAAAAUACCAGGCACGGUGCACGCCCACCCUAACCGAACUUCGAAAAACCUGCGUAGGCUACUUCUGUUGUUGCUUGCCUGUCGACCCAUGGCGAUUCGAAGAAACAUUUCUUCUGAUGUGCGAUUAGCCCGGGGAUCGAUAUCUCAGUUGAUUGCUAAAUACAUCUUUGAUAUGCCUACCACGGAUUCUUACAUGUGGCAGAGAUGGUCUUGUU